AUGCUCGGCUGGUAUCAGGCAAGACUCGCGGCUCGCCCGCUGCUCACUCAGAGCAUCACCACCGCCAUCCUCUUCGCGACCGGUGACAUCACUGCCCAGCAGCUCGUCGAUAAGCGCGGCCUCGAGAAGCACGAAUGGGCCCGCACAGGCCGCAUGGCCCUCUACGGCGGUGUCAUCUUUGGCCCCGUCGCCACAACCUGGUUCAAGUUCCUGCAGAACAACAUCGUCCUGAAGAACAAGAACGCCGAGAUGCUCGCCCGUGUCGCCGUUGACCAGGGUGUCUUUGCCCCCGUUAUGAUCAGCGUCUUCCUGUCCUCCAUGGCCACGCUCGAGGGCGGCUCUAUCAAGGAGAAGCUUGACAAGAACUACAAGACUGCGCUCACGUCCAACUACAUGCUCUGGCCGUUCGUCCAGGUAGUGAACUUCAAGUUCGUGCCGCUUCACCACCGUGUGCUCUUUGUCAACGUCAUCAGCAUUGGCUGGAACUCGUACCUCAGUUUCUUGAACAGCCAAUAG